AUGAAUCCGCUCACUCUGGCAGCCUGGAAUGUUCAUUUCCUUUCGGAAAACCCCAGGAGCAACCGAUCUGAACGGAGGCCGGCGCUAGUUGCUCGGGAACUGGCGCACUACAAGGUGGACAUCGCUGCACUCAGCAAGACUCAGCUCCUCGAACAAAGCCAACUGGAGAAGGUGAGUGUCGGUCACGCCUUCUUCUGCAGCGGUCGCCCCAAGGCAGAGUGACGUAACGCGGGCGUCCCCUUUGCCAAGCAAAAUGGCGCCAUGGGACGACUGCCCUGUCUGCCAUAGGGCACCAACGACCGACUGAUGAGACUGCUCCUGAUUCUUCGGGGAUCCAACUUCGUAACCAUCAUCAGCACCUACACCCCAACAAUGACUGCCUCAGAAGAGGAGAAGACAAAGUUCUACGAAGACCUGCACGUCUGUGCCGAAGGCGGAUCAGUUAGUCGUCUUCGGCGACUUCAAUGCCCGCGUCGGGACUGA